AUGUUCCUGCUCAAAAAACUCCUACUCGGAUUUACUAUCCUCAACAGAACAGUUGGACUCUGCAAGCCCAGCAUGGAAGGAAAAGUCUUCCUGGAUCGUACCCCCACUGGAAAACUGAUCACCAAUAACAGUUCUCUAAGAUGUGGCUCCAUUCAUGAAGGCAUCCUGAAGAAACUAUACGACCCUUGCUCCUCCCAUGAAAAACUGAUCACAGGUCCCAGGAAGACAGUCAGCCAUCCCACAUUUUGGCAAGACUACUACACCACCGCUGGGUGCUUUGACGAGUACCAGAAAGUCCUGUGGUUUGGAGUCGUCCAAAAGGCGCUGUCCUCCAGCACUACUGAAUCCAGCCAAAGCUCUCAUCACAACAGAUUCAACUCCUUGCUGGCAAUCUCAAACGAUUCCCAGCGGAAAGAGAUCUGGAAGUUUGUGGGGAAACAUCACCUCACCCUCCAAGCCCUCCCAUCUGGACCUGGGUCAGAGGGCGCAACUGUCUCAGCUGCAGCUCCAAAUCUACAGGGCACACACAAAGAAAACUGCUUUGUGAACUUGAUUCUGAUGUCCAAAGCUGACUGGAGGAAGACCAAGGAGUUCGUGGUCAGUCUGGAGUAUCCCGAGCUCUGCAAGCUGCAGAAGAUCGCCCUGCAGUGGCGAGAAGUCAAGCAGAACGUCACCACGGGGGCGCUGAGGAAGCUGUUUGGGGACAUGAACGCCCUCCUGGCCGGGUUCGACGACGGCAAGAAGGCGCAGUUCUGGGCUGCCGAGGGCGAAAAAAAAGCACCCAAGAUCUCCUUCGGGACGGCCGAGAAGGCCGCCCUCUUGGGCCCUUAUCUGCGCGGCCGCGCGCCGGAGGCCCAGGAAGAGGCCAGGAGGACGAUGGAGAGGGUGUUUCCGGACGCCUUUAGCCAUCGCCCCCUCUGGACCGAAGAGUUCUACAGGAACGCCGUCGCCUUGAUCGCUGUCUCUGCACCGGAGGAAGAGGAGUUCGUGUGGACGUGCAUCAAGGUCCUUGUCAAGGCCCAUGUCCAUCAACAGAAACUCACAACCAUCCUCUCCAAUCUGGUUUACAAGAUCAUCAAAUAG